UUAUCAUUAUUCAUUAUUCUUUCGAAAUUUCAUCAAUUAUAGUUAUACGCAAAUUCACUGUUGAAUAUCGUUGUUGUCUAUCGUAAUUUGAUUACAUUAUUUUGAUUGUAGAAUUAUUAUGUUCAUUGCGUAAAUAAGUUGAUUUGAUAAAUUCAAAGAAAUAAAUAGAAUUCAAAAUGAGUUUCCUUGGUAAGCUUUUUGGUGUCAAAAAAGAAGAGAAAGGACCAUCGACUGAAGAUGCCAUUCAGAAGUUACGAUCCACAGAAGAGAUGUUGAUUAAAAAGCAAGAAUUUUUAGAAAAAAAAAUUGAACAAGAGAUAGCAAUAGCGAAAAAAAAUGGCACUACCAAUAAACGAGCUGCAAUGCAAGCAUUGAAACGUAAGAAACGAUAUGAACAACAGUUAGCGCAAAUUGAUGGUACUAUGUUAACUAUUGAACAACAGCGAGAGGCUUUAGAAGGUGCAAACACUAAUACAGCUGUAUUAACUACAAUGAAAACGGCGGCUGACGCACUUAAAUCGGCCCAUCAAAAUAUGAAUGUAGAUGAUGUUCAUAAUAUGAUGGAUGAUAUAGCAGAGUCACAAGACUUAUCUAAAGAAAUAUCUGAAGCUAUUUCAAAUCCUGUCGCUUUUGGAACUGAUGUAGACGAGGAUGAAUUACAAAAAGAAUUGGAAGAGCUUGAACAAGAAGAAUUGGACAAAGAACUAUUGAACACAGGCAAGACACCAGUUACAGAUUUACCAACUCCUGCAGUGCCAACAUCUGAGCCCAGUGGUCGAGGCAAAGCAAAAUCCAAAGUGGAAGAAGAUGACGAUGAUAUGAAAGAAUUAGCAAACUGGGCUUCAUAAAUUGAAAAUUAAAAACAUCAAAUUGUUAAACAUGAAAAAAAUUUACUAUAAAUAUUUUUAAACGAUCAGUACAUAUACUAUUAUGUUAUUGCAUAGAUACUGUUUAACACAAAUUUAUUAUCAGCGUACCUAUUUUUAAAAAGCAAAAUAAGAAUAAAAUAUUUUGCUGUUAAUAUUGAUAUCCAAUUUUCACGUUUAAUCCAUCCGGUAUAUUAAUUAUUGUCACAAAUUGGCAAGCAGUGUCUAUGAAAAAAGAGUAAGUCAUAUUCACAUUAAUCCAGCUUCUUGUAUAUACUUCCUUAUUGUUAAUUGUGAAGAUAUUUUUAAUAAAAUUACAUAAUUACAAGAAUA